GUUACUUCCCCGGACGGAAGUUCAUGUUGAACACGCGUUUGUUUAGAAAUGGCGGCCACCACAGCACAACAGGCACAGAAUAUAAUCGACGAUAAAACAUUAGUCGAAGAGGAACUCUGGGAUGAGCUUGAAAAUGAAGAAAUACCAGCCGAUAUUAGAGAGGCACGACUGGCAGCUUUCAAGAAACAAUCCCAAGACUAUGCCAUGAUGAGAGACAAGCAACAUGGCUCAUUUACGGAGCUGACUGAUGAGAAGGCUUUCCUUGAACUGACUACCACAGUAGACCGUUGUGUUGUCCACUUCUAUCAUGCAGACUUCCGCAGAUGUGCAAUAAUUGACCAACAUUUAGAGGUUCUGGCCAAGAAGUACUUUGAGACCAAGUUUGCUAAGCUGAAUGUGGAUGUCGCCAAGUUCCUGGUGGAAAGGUUGAAGAUCCGAGUACUUCCAGCUGUUUACUGCUUCAAGAAGGGCAUCAUAGUAGACAGGGUUAUUGGGUUUGAAGAGCUUGGCAGCAGUGAUACGUUCAUGACUGAAGUCUUGGAGAGUCGUCUGGGAAAGUCAGGUGUGAUAGAUGUACCUGAGGACCAGGAUAUUUCAAAGAAAACCAUAUUUGGAGCCCGAUCAGUGGGUAAAAAUCCUGGUGAUGAUGACAGCAGCGAUGAUGACUACUGAGCUUAUGGACUUAUUUGAUGCAUUUUAUACACAUAUUUUUUAUUAUUUAUUACAUUUACUACCAUUAAAGUUAUCUUACACUUUCA